AUGUCUAAUUCUUUAAUAAGCUCCGUAGUGAGCUAUCCUUCUUUGACCAAGCAACAUCCUUCUAAAUUGAAGGAUGUUUCAAUACCACGAAGCAAUCAGAGUUAUGAAAGAGCAUUAGAAAAGCAAAAUUCAGAUGAACGUAGCGAUAUCAGCUUGAGAUCUAGCAACAGUGGAUCCAUCGAGAGUGACCAAAUUAAUUCUUACCAUAUGAAACCCAAAUCAUCAAAAAUUACAUCGGUGUCAUCAGAGCACAUCAAAUUCUCAUCCUUAGGGAAAAAGAAAAGAAGAAGAAAGAAGUAUUAUGAGGUAGAACGUUUCUAUAUGUGCAAUUAUCCAAAUUGCAACAAGGCCUAUGGUACUUUGGGCCACCUUAACUGCCAUAUAUUAAGAAAAAAGCAUGGAAGGAAAAGACUUCCUUCGGAGUUUAAAGAACUAAGAAGAAGACUAGAAAUAAGACGAAUAAAUCAAGAGCAAGAACGAAUGCAAUCUCCAAUUGAUGGAAAUACAUACAUUGCGAAUCAACUGUAUAAUAGAUUGCCACCAUUUGAUCCAAGACCACAACUUCAGAUAGCCUUGCCACAAGCUCCCAUAUGUUCUUAUCAUCCUGGUCUUAUGCCACCCUCAGUCAGUUCAAACUAUAGGUGGAUUCCAACCGGUAUACCAACUCCGGCGUCCGAUAAUUACUGCUGUGCUCCAACCAGGUUCAAUCCAAUAGGACCCGUUGUUGGAUAUCCACCUCCGGUUUCUCCUACUAAUGUUGCACCUGCAACACAAAUAAUAACACCCCCAAAUUCUGUGGGAUGUCCACCUAAUACAAAUCUCAGGUAUAACAUGGGUUAUAAUUACCUUCCCGGAGCAUUGCCCCCAUCACCAACUCCAGCAUUCAGGCUAGUGUCCACACCUAAAUGUACACCUCGUUAUCCUCGAUUUUGGAGAGUUUGA